AUGUAUUAAUCAAAGUUAUUUAGAACUCCUAAUAUUGAAUGCUUAUUAUUACAUCUUAAUUCCCAUUCCAAUUUAGAUGAUCUAUUUUCUUGUGAUUUUUUUCAAAGAAAGGUUUGGACAGUAAAUGAUAAAUAUACACCCAUGAAAUAUAUUAAAAUGCUAACAAACCUUAUUUUUUCAUAAUAUUUAAAUAAUUUUGAAAAUUUUGAAAAAGUAACUACUACAUUAAAUUGUCUUCAAAAAAUUCAUCAAUCUCUUGAACAAAAAGCAACUUAUAUUUUGACACAUGCUCCAAAAAAAUAAUGUUCAUCGUCCUAUUAAAGAUCAGAUUUGGACAAGGCAGUUACGUAAAAAAUUCUAAAGUUUAAGUGGCAAUCUAAAGUUUAAGUGGCAAUAAUUUCAAAUUAAAUGAUGCUACCCUUCCUGUUAUUUCAAUAAUUAAUUUUACCUAAACAUCUCAUUUUAUUUGCUAAGAUUAUGAACAGUUUUAGCAUCGAAUUUUCAUAAUUUCCUGAAUAAUUUUAAAACUCAAUUAAUCAAUUUAAUAUUGAGCAAUAGAGAAUAAAUGGUUUGGGUCCUUUCAAAUUGACUGUUUAAUAAUCCUUAAACACAUAAGAGAUUUUCCAUAUAGCAAUUAAAUUCAAUUCAAUAAUGAAUUAUUAUAUAUCCUGUUUAAAGCUGUUUGUUAAAGACUAUUAAGGAAUUUGA